GUACUUCAAAGAGCAGGAGGAGACUCAGCACCGCGGACAGCGCCUCUCUCUCCCCGCUCUCUCCCGGUGUCUCUCCGCCUCUCUCUCUCUCAGUCUCCCCCCCUCUCUCCCUCUCUCUCCCACUGUCUCUUCCGGACGCACACUCGGCAGCUGGCUGCGUUACAGCUCCUCCCUCCUGUGUGGUGGCUUUUCCCGACCAAAGAUCCUUGGACGUGAACAGUUUCGCUGAAGAGCACUUUUUCUUUCCUCCUCCCCCAAAAAACACGCAGACGGACAAUCGAGGCGGCAGUUUGCUCCACAUCGACCUGAGAGACGGGAGUAAAGGUGUAGGAUAAGGUCUCCAGCCGUCCUUCACCCCCUCCACCUCCCCAAAUCUCUGUCAGCGAUGGAGACUUGGGCUGGCUUCUGCCCAGCCUUGCACUUGUCCCUGGGUAUCUGGCUGAUGGUGGCCGCUCACACCCUACAACAUGCCAAGGCGGAGAUAACUUGCGCAUCUUGCCCUUCGCCGGUUCAACUUCACCUGGAGGAAUUACAGCUGGGCAUACCUGCCGACCCGACACAGGAGCCGGCCAGCCUCAGAAACAUCCGAGUAGAGUUUCGCGAACUCGGGGUUACCGAGCUGAAUACCGGAAUAGACGGAGAGCAGUCCCCCGAAGAGGUCAGUUUGGAUGGAGUUAGAGCGCAGGGAGGUACACCCGGAUCCGCUGGGCAGAGUCAGCACGGUGGAGGCGGCCAGCCGGAGACCGCUGAGGACGCUGCGCUCCGGAGAGCCAAGAGGAGCGGCGGUCCUGAGUUUGCCGAGUUGAGCGAGAGCGGGUGGAGUGGGCGGGCUGGUGUGGACGCUGGCGCUCCGGAAGAUCGGAGCUCUAUGUUGGACGGACACCGGCAGGGCAGGUCCGAGUUCAGGUGGAGCAGGGACGAAGGGAGAGGGAAUAACCGGCAAGACGAGCCGAAGCUCACCAGUAGCACUUUCUCUCUGACUGGGGACUCUGCGCACAACCACGCGGUGGUCUACUGGUCCGGACAGAACAGCAGCGUGAUUCUGAUUCUAACGAAGCUGUACGACUUCCACAUCGGCAGCGUUACCGAGAGCACGCUGUGGAGAUCUACUGACUACGGCUCCACAUAUGAGAGAAUGAAUGACAAAGUCGGAUCCAAGACUGUUCUGAGUUACCUCUAUGUCUGCCCAACUAACAAGAGGAAGAUUAUGGUGCUGACGGACCCGGAGUUUGAGAGCAGCGUUCUGAUCAGCACUGAUGAAGGAGCCAGUUUCCAGAAGUACCGCCUCGCCUUCUUCGUCCUGAGCCUUUUGUUCCACCCCACUGAGGAGGACUGGGCUUUAGCUUACAGCCACGACCAGAAGCUCUACAGCUCCGUGGACUUUGGCAGGAAAUGGCAGCUCAUCCACGAACGCGUCACGCCGAACAGAUUCUACUGGUCUGUCGCUGGCCUUGACAAGGAGCCGGAUCUGGUCCACAUGGAGGCUCAUACGCCGGAUGGAAAUGUGCAGUAUGUCACGUGCAGAGCUCAGAUGUGCACAGAAGCUAACAGGAACUACCCUUUCCACGGAUACGUUGACAUCAGCUCUUUGGUGGUGCAGGACGACUACAUAUUCAUACAGGUUCCCACAUCAGGACGAGCCACCUACUAUGUGUCCUACAAGAGAGACUCGUUCAUACAAAUCAAACUGCCAAAGUAUUCACUGCCGAAGGAUUUACACAUCGUCAGCACUGACGAGAAGCAGGUAUUUGCAGCGGUGCAGGAGUGGAACCAGAAUGACACCUAUAACCUCUACCUGUCCGACACCCGAGGGAUCUACUUCACCUUGGCAAUGGAGAAUGUCAAGACCACCAGGGGCAUCGGAGGGAACCAGAUGCUGGACCUGUACGAGGUGGCAGGAAUUAAAGGCAUGCUAAUCGCUAACAAGAGGCAAGACAAUCAGGUGAAGACGUACAUCACCUACAACAAAGGCCGAGACUGGAGGCUCCUUCAGGCUCCUGCUGCCGACCUGGAUGGGAAUGACAUCCACUGCAUACUGCCUUUCUGUUCCCUCCAUCUCCAACUGCAAAUGUCUGAGAACCCCUAUUUGUCAGGAACGAUCUCCACAAAGAGCUCUGCACCGGGGAUCAUAGUGGCCACAGGAAAUAUCGGAGCGGAGCUGUCCUACAACAACGUGGGCAUGUUCAUAUCGUCUGAUGCCGGCAAUAGCUGGAGACCGAUAUUUGAAGAGGAGCACAAUGUUUGGUUUCUGGAUAAAGGAGGAGCUCUGGUGGCCGUGAAGCAGCCGUCAGUGCCAACCAGACACUUGUGGGUCAGCUUUGACGAAGGAAGGCAGUGGACCCAACACAGCUUCUCCUCAGUGCCGCUGUUCGUGGACGGAGUCUUGGUGGAGGCCGGAGCCGAGAACCAAAUCAUGACCUUCUUCGGCCACUUCAGCCACCGCUCCGAGUGGCAGCUCAUCAAGAUCGACUACAAGUCCAUCUUCAGCAGGAAGUGCACGGAGGAGGACUACCAAACGUGGCACCUGCACAACCAGGGCGAGCCAUGUGUGAUGGGACAGAAACAGAUUUACAUGAAGCGCCGGCCUGGAAACUACUGCAUGCUGGGAAGAGACUACUCCAGAAUCCUCUCAGCCGAGUCCUGCAUUUGCCGAGCUCAUGAUUUUGAAUGUGAUUAUGGAUAUGAGCGCCGAGGUGACGGGAACUGCAGACCGGCUUUCUGGUUCAAUCCGUCCACUGUGUCUCGAAGCUGCAGCCAGGGUCAGAACUACCUCAACAGCACCGGGUACCGUAAAGUGGUGUUGAACAACUGCACUAAAGGAGUUAAAGAAAUGUACACGGCCAGGAAGCAGCAGUGCCCCAACAGACCUCCUAAAGGACUCCUGCUGACCACCAAAGACGGCAAACUCACCGCCAACCUCGGCAGCAAUGUCACCUUCCUGGUCCAUCUGGAUGAGGGUGACUCACUGCGGACGAACAUCCAGCUGGAUUUUGGUGACGGAACCGCCGUGUCCUACUCCAAUCUGAGCUGGACCGAGGAGGGCAUCAAGCACGUCUACAAGUCGGCUGGAAUAUUCCGGGUCACGGCUCUUGCAGAGAACACGUUGGGUUACGACAGCACGACACUCUUCCUGCAUGUCACAUGUCCAGUGGAGCACGUCCAGCUCCUCGCUCCCUUCGUGGUCAUCAGGAACAAGGAAGUGAACAUCACAGCAGUGGUCUUACCCAGCCACUCUCGCACCGUCACUUACUUCUGGUGGCUUGGCAACAACACAGAGCCGGUCAUUACAUUGGAUGGGAGCAUCUCGUACACCUUCACCAGUGAGGGAAUGCACACCAUCACAGUCCAGGUUGCUGCAGCCAACAGCAUCCUGCAGGAUACCAAGACUAUAGCAGUCAGAGAAUUCUUCAAAUCUCUACUUUUAUCUUUCUCCCCUAAUCUGGACGAGUUCAACCCUGACAUACACGAGUGGAGGCAGGAUGUGGGGAGAGUAAUUAAGAAGGCUCUGCUCCAAGUGUCAGACUUCCCGGAGGAGCAGCUAUUGGUCGCUGUGUUCCCAGGAGUUCCAACAGCUGCCGAACUCUUCCUGCUACCUCACAAGAACCAGUCUGAGACCAAGAAAAAGAGCGAGGAGGAGCUGGAGCGGGCAUCCGACAUAAUCGUCAGUGCGUUGAACCAAAACCUGGUGGAGUUUGAGCUGAAGCCUGGCGUCAGGGUGAUCGUGUACAACACACAGUUAACACUGGCUCCGUUGGUGGACUCGAGCCCUCGACACAGCAGCUCGGCGAUACUGAUGCUCCUCUCGGUGGUGUUUCUGGGCCUCGCCGUGUUCCUCAUCUACAAAUUCAAGAGAAAAAUACCUUGGAUCAACAUCUACGCCGAGGUGAACCAGGAGAAGGAGCAGGAGAUGAUCGGCUCGGUGGGCCAAGGCGACAGCACGCCGAAAAUCACGCUGAGUGAGUUCUCCACAUCCAAAGAACUCAUGGAGAAGGAGCUGGACGCUCGGGUCAAAAGGGGAGUCGGAAAUGCCUGCGAGAGCACAAGGGAGAUUCCAAACUGUACCAGUGUGUGAAGCCGGAGAGUGUCGGUUCGAGUACAGAGCAAAGUUAUCACAGUGUCGGGGGUUUCUCUUUUUCUGUUUUGUAAUUCUCAACACUACUGAUGUUAAUAGUUUUCUAAGGGACCUCAUUUAUACAGACUUGCAUGGAUGUCUCGUUCAGCAAACAUCCAUGCAGCUAAUUACUCAAUGAGAUCACUGUAAUUACUGACAAAACUUACUGGGUUUUGUGGAUGUAUAAGCUACAUACUGACAUUCAUUUGCAGAGUGAAAUAUCUUUCGUGGAAACCUAUGAUGAAGAGUUCUGUAAAUUUCCUUAAGGAGUUUUGCUUUGAGAAUCAUUUCAGCCUAUAUAUAGACUAUAACGUCUUCAGUCAAACAGGGAAUAUUAUUGAAAUGUACAAUAUUAUCAUCUGUUCUGUUAAAUGUAUAUAUUAUUAGUUUCUACAUGCUUGUAGUCUGAGUACCAUGGCGACGACAGAAGAUCUGACAAUGGUCUGUUUUUCAAAGUGUGUUAAAACAUUACUUAAAGAACUUUGUUUUGCUAAGGUCCUUGACUUGUGCAUGUUCUUACUGAGGACACGAUUUCUGUGUUGUAGAUAAGCAAGUGUUGUAAAUAGUUAUUUUCUAAUCAUUCGUCCAAAAGAGCCCAGUUGAUUCCUGCUACAUUCUGUUUCAUUCAUCGUAUCUCGUAGGAAGGACUCACCUGUCAGCGCAGGUAGAUUUGUUGUCGGCGGAUUUGACUUCCCUCCAUUGCCCUGCAAAAGGAGGGAAAACGUGUUUAAUAUGUUUAUAUUUUCAUUAAACAUAUAUGGUAAAUAAUCAGACAUUUUUAACCACGUUCGGAAGCUGCCAUCACAGCAUUACAUUCUGCCUUUAAUGAUUCUGACUUAAGCUCAGAACAAAAGCUGAAUCGGUCUGAAAAAGUUCUUCUAUCGUGGCGACCAGUGAUCAAAUUCACUUAAUGCUCUACAUCCUGGUGACGUUCAUUCAUAAGUAUAAAACGUGAGUUCGUAUUACUUUUUGCAUAAAUCCUCUAAAACACCUGCAGGCUUGUGGUUGGGUUCAGCUGCUUCUGUUUUGAACACCCUAGAAAAUUUAAAAAAUUAAUCUCAAAUUGACCUAAACCUUCAACUUUAAGUCGGUCCGUGAUUUUGGUGCAUCACUGAAAUAUUUUAACAACUUCACAAAUUCAUGGCGUCUCCUCGGGGUCUUCAAUAAAAAUGUCUCUAUAACAACCGGAUGGACUGACUCAACCCAGUUCAGCUGUGCUUUAGUGUAUUUGCUGAAUUAAAGGCUGGUGUCCUCGUAAACACAAAUCAAAACAAGGCUUUUUAAACUACAAACAUAUUCAACAAAGUCAGGCUUGGUUUGUGUUAGAUGGCUCAACAAAGCCUAAAACCCCAAUCUGAGAUAACUGGUACAACAUUUUAUUUUUUUUUUUAACUUGGCUGCAUUUGAAUUCACAUACUUUUUACAUUUUCAGUGCAUGAAGCUGCCUUCAUACAGUACUUACUGUUUCAUGCAGUUUUUCGUACAAUUAAGACAGACCACUUCCUUGUAAUAACGCGCCUUUGACCACCACAGUCUGAGAUGCAAAAUGGCAGCUCAGGCGUGUUUAUCCUUAUGUGCAACACCUCGGUGUGUGUAACCUAACCGCAGAGGAUUGAGGCUCAGAAUGGCCAGAAAAGCAUGCUGACUUGCACACUUAAAAGUCUGAUAUUUUGGCAUGCAUCUGACACUGUAUUGACACAUACUGACACAUCUAUAUAGUAUGGAUAUUAGAAUGCAGCCUAAGUUUUAUUCUUCAGGCUCAGUGCACUCUGGCAUGAAAGCUGAUGUUUGACUCGUCAUGAGACUCUUCUUAAGCGCGAAAUGGAACAAUCCUGUUCCGCCUACUUCAGUUAAGAGCAACAGACAGAGUGGAGAGCUGUGAAGAGUGUAGAAGUGUAUUAUAGCAAAAGCAAAACCUACUGAAAAUGGUUCAAGAGAGGAAUGCUGUUAGAAAAAUAUUAGUCAUGUGUCAUUCUGCUUAUUUCUAAUGCCACAGAUGCACAUUGGGGCUCUGAAACUUUAAACUUUCAUACAUUGAAAGACACAUUUAAGUCACAUUAAUGUUACUGAUUGAAUAUCGUCUGUGAUAAAGACCAAUAGAAUAAUCCGUUUUCUAAUUUGUGUUCUAUCAGCUGCAGUACCAGCAGUGUAAACAGACUGAGCAGCACAUUGGAACCAAAUGUUAAAGCAUAUUUAUCACCACCUGAGUAUGUGUAGGUUUCUGUAGCAACUCGGCAGAUACAGUUUGUCUACUGUAACUUUAACAGACUCUAAUGUACUCACAGGUGCCAAAAGUGUGGCACUAACCUUAACUGGGCAUUUACUUGACUGAAAGUUUGUUGGUGAGGAAAAAGAAUUGGAGUUAAACAAGCAAGAGUUCCAACUUUUGCCUCCACCUUCUGGCAGUGACAGUAAUUACACACUGCUACUGCUUUCUGUUUCAGACUGUAAGAAGUUUCUUUGUUAUCUGAAGUAGCAGAAAUUCUUCUCAGUACUUCUGUAGCAAUGUUGCCAAAAAAUUUUUUUUUUAAAAACUACUAAAUACAAAGUUUACUCACAGCUGAUUAUAUGUAAAAAUCCUGCACUCCGGCUAUCAAACCCAACUCUGAGCCUACAGAAAGCAGGUAUUUUAGAGGAUUAGCACUGCUUAUGAUACAUUAAACUGACGCAGAAUAUCAAAAAAAAAAUCAACAAAUGCAGUGUUUCUUGGUGCUUUGGUGCUCACUCUGCUCCUUCUACCACAGUACAAAUCACAAACGUGCAGCCAGUGACGCUGUGGCUUUCAUUUGGCUAAUUUAUCCUGACUCGAGACAAAAUAAGUUUGAAAUUUCUAGUUGCAAUGUGAGGUUAAAGACUGCGCUGAAGAUCUGCACACUCACUCCCAUCCCAUUGUCUCACACCUGCUCAUCAUUUAUACAAAUUUUAAAAAAUAUUUACUCAGAAUAUGAUAGGAUAUCAACUCAAAGAAAAGAUUUAUUUCACUCCAAUAAAGCAGCAAGCUGUGAAAAAUAGAAUUUAUUGGUGGCUUUAACAUUUUUAGUCAUAUACAGGGUGACCCAAAAGUUUGGAAACAAAUGAAAAGUCUAUAAUCCAAAUAAUAUAAUGUUAUUUCAAUAAAUCAGUACCACAGAUAUAUUCAGAAGAGUAACAGAUUAGUGUAAAACAAACAUAUUUCGACAUGUUCGUGUUUGUUUCUUAUACAAAGUUGUGAACGUUUCCACCACCUGGUUACACUGGUAUCUUCUGGAAUGUACCUUCAUUCAUGCUUAUGAAGGUUCCUCAAACUGGCCAGUAAAUGUCCUCAUAGUACUUUUGGAUGUUUGAAUAAAUUAAAACCGUCAGAUACUUUACCAUCAAGAGUUUUGAAAUCUGACACUGAUGGUCUGCAUUUUGAAGUUCUGCUCCAGCAUACCUGUACCUUAUGGUUCUACUAAUUUUCUUCCGAGUUAUUGCACUCGGCAAAUACUAUGCUUUUAAGUUAUUUUAUUAUGCUAUAUCAAAAAUGGGUAAAAUAAGAGUGAAUUCAUGCACCCCCCCAACUCAAGUAGACACUGCAGUUAAACUUUGUUUCCAAACUUUUGGGUCACCCUGUAGUCUUCAUUUAUGAGGAGAACAGCGAAGAAAUUAGGGAUAGAUCGAUUUUCAGGAUGGCAGAUGAUCAUGGCCGAAAUUUGGCAUAUUUCUGGUUAUCAGUAAUUGCGUUAUUUUGACAGAUAAUUGAUUAAUUAAAUUUGCUACUUCAGGUGUGAUGCAGCCUCAGAAAUUGUCUCUCAAGCAGAAACUGCCAAAACUGAACAAGAAACACAAGAUGUUGCAACAAACCAGAAAAUUAGCUACUCUUGCAGUCGCUAAGGCUAUGCUAACGGCUAGCGGCUCAGUUACAAGGCAACCACAAAUUACCCUGACACAGAGUCUGCAAAACAAUAAUUAAUAAUGCUUUAAGAUCAGUGGGCAAUACAUGUGAUAGAACAUGUGAAAGAUUUAGUGAAAGAUUAAGAAAAGAGAGAAGAGCAUUAGGUGUAACUGUAGGAAACAACCUCAGUCGAUCCCACAUAAACAGAGGAGAGAGUCCUCAUUUAAUCUUUCCUAUUUCUAUUUUACAUAUUCACUUAUAGUCACCCUUGUUAAUAAAGAAGCCUAGUUAUGAAUGACAGAUUCUCUGCUGCCACAUGCUGUGAAAAAAUUCUAUUCAUCACAUAUCGGCUCCAAAUAUCAGUCAUCUGCCUUUCUUGGUUACCAACAACCGCCAUCAAUAUCAGUCCUAAAAACCCAUAUCCAUCGAUCCCUAGCAGAAAGAAAACAUUCACCUCUCUUCACUAAAUUAACAAACUGUGAAAAAUAUAACAUUUUCAGUCUGUUACUGUCAUCAACUCUCUCUUCCUGUUAUCAUCUGCUUCGUUCACAACUCAACACUUCCUGCUUUAGUUUGAAAUGAGGGAGCACUGUCCUCCCAGCAUGCACCUCACCACCAGCGCUGAGUGUUCGAGUCCUACAAAAAGCCAAGUGGCCUUUCGUUGACUUGCGUCACGUUUCUGAUGAUAAUAAGAAGCUGAUCUUUCCUACGAUGCUCAGCCGCAGUAAACAGCGGUUGUGGGAAGACGAAACGCUGCAGAGAUCCACGCUGUCACAUCUCGUAUGAAUUACCUCGAACAGAGAGCUCUCAUCUGAAACCAAACAGCCGAGCCAAGCCUCGUUACCGCAGACAGAAUUCACAAAGACACUUUCUCAGCUUUGUUGUGUUCGACACGCGAGCGGUUGUUUGCUGGGCUGCAUUGUGUUUGGCUGGAAGCUUUGAUUGCGUCACUUUGUUCUGUCUCUUAUUAGCAAAACAGGAUUAGAAGGAAGAGAAGAAGAAAAAUCUGAAAGUUUGAGCAUCUCCAACCAAGUUUUUUUUCUGUUUGAAUGGACGGCAAAUACACAAAGAAUCUGACUUUCCUCACAACAAAACAGACAGAUUAAGCAGAGAUAUUUGAACUGUCACCACUGAAAGAAACUCAAGCGUUUGUCACUUUGGUCACUGGAAAUUUCGUUCUCAUCCAGUAGCGUAAACGCCAAAUUAUCCUGUAAGCACCAAGAUCUCCAGAGGAAGCUGAACUUGAAAGAGAUUCUUUGCAUUUGUGAUUUUUUUCAGAAGGCAAAAGCAUUGUAAUGUUCUUCAGUGCACAAAAACCUACAAUGCAUGCAUCAUCAGUAAUGUUCUGUUUCAUCCUUAUUUCAAUAUUUCUACGGUAAAGAAACUGUCAUUUUGAAAUUGUUUCAAAUAAAUGUAUUUUUGUACAUCA